UCAUCUUGGUACACUCCAAAACUGGCCAAGGAUAAGCAAUGAAGAUUGACAAGGAAAUCUCUCACCCUAUCCACCCUAGACACAAGCUCAAGCUUGAAUACACAGAGAUACCAUUCUACUGUGAUGGGUGCAAAGAAGCUGGGAUUGGCCUCAAAUACAAGUGUCAGCAAUGCGAAUUCGAUCUGCACAAGUCAUGUGCAGUGGCUCCUCUCUACAUCAAUCAUCCCUUCUACAACAAAUGUGAGUUUCAGUUUCUUUAUAGUCCGCCAGGGGCUUUUAGAAGAGUAUGUGAUGCGUGUAGGAAAGAUGUUUCCGGAUUUGUGUAUCACUGCAGGAGAUGUGGGUUUGAUCUGCACCCUUGUUGUGCAAACCUACCACAAGUCCUAGAUGAUGGGAAGCACAACCUUUACUUGUGCCUCAAGUUAACCAGCGCCUGUCAUCGGUGUGGAGGCAAGGGACCUGGUUGGUCUUACAGGUCUGAUUGCAAGACCUAUAACCUUCAUGUCUCAUGUGUGAAGGAGUUGCUUGUGGAGAGCUGGCAGGCCAUGUAUCUCAAUGUUGACAAGAACAAGUUUAGGGAAAUGCAGACUAGAAUUCCUAGCCUUAAGGGCACACUGCAAGACCAUCAUGGGAAAAAGGGAGGGAAGGUUGGCAAAUGUUGCCAGAUUGCUGGUGGCGCUGUUCGCGUUAUCGUCUCCGCCAUCCUUGGAGAUCCUACUGCUCUAAUAGGUGCUGCCGUUGCUGGUUUCAUGUCCAAGUAAAAGGGAGCCGAUCAAAAGUUGAAAAUCAAGUAUGCUUAGUUGUGUCAUGUAAUUCCUAAUUUUCAUUGUGUCUGACUGUGUCAUGUAUGAUGUAUCAGUUGAUUAUACUUUGUAACAAACCUUGUAAAUUAACGAUUCGGCUCUGGCGUCCAGAUUCUAA